AUGGUGAGUUCAAUGCUUGAAAAGUUCUGCCUUUUUAUUGAAUGUCCUCUGGGCCCUGGCUCUUUCUUCAAGUCUCACAAGGACACGCCCCGUGGAAGAAGCAUGGUCGGCUCGCUCGUCAUUGUUCUUCCCACAGAGCACCGAGGCGGACAACUUAACUUAUCACACGGCAAAAACUCGUUCACCUUUGACUCUGCGGUGCGAGUGGCCGGUGGAAGCGGGUCAAUCGCAUACGUCGCCUUCUUCAGCGACGUCACUCAUGCUGUUGAGCCCGUUGUCUCCGGCCAUCACGUCACACUCACCUACAAUCUGCUCAUCUCGCCAAAAUCGUCCUCGCUGCAUCUGAACACAAGACAGCCGCUGUUUGAGGUCGAGGUCGCCUGCCAGAGUGCAUUGGCUGCGCUGCUUGCCGACCCCGCUUUCCUGCCCGAUGGCGGUCUUCUCAGCUUUGGGCUCGAGCACGAGUACCCUGUCCCGCGCACGAUUUCCGACCCAACCACCCUCGGCCAUGUGCUCUAUAUGCUCAAGGGGGCGGAUGCAGCGUGCGGCAGCCCGGGCCGGGCUCAAGACGACGCUCAAGCUCGUGUAUAUCACGCCGGGCGACAUGGACUACGAUAG